AUGGCGCCAACCAUCCACCAGUGCCACCCCACGGGGGAUCUCAAUGACCACUCUGAGGCAGACGUUGUGCUAAGUUUCGAGACGGCUCAUUGGGUUGUGGCCGACGCUUUCGAGGUUCAGUUGCAGCAGGCAAGGCAGGAUAGGAACAGCUACAGAUCACAUCCUCGUCAAAUGCCGUCGUUUGAGUCAACCAUCUGCGUAUUGUGCCAGAAUGCUCCCCCGGGCGUCAGUGAAGAUCCGAGCUCGGCCGGGACAACUGGUUCGCUCGCCGAUCGAGACGUCAUUCCCAUCCAGUACUCAACGAUUUCUCAAUAUCAAAGCUCCCGCCUCAGAGCUCCCCUCGAGCUGAGUCGUGGACAGAGAGCUCCAGUCCCCAUUCUGGACCUGCGUCUCAGCCCUGUUGUGUCUCUCUCCAAUCAAAAGCACCAAAUGGCCGUUCAACUGUGGAAGACUCCGAGAGCUGCUGCCGCCGUGUCUCGACGUGCCACAUCAGACGGCAGCCAGCCACUUCAGAGGUGA